AUGGCUUCUGUCAAGGUGGUGGACUCAAGACAAUGUUGGGGAUCUGUUGGCAAUCAUACAUUUACUGGUGAGAUUACCGCAAAGCCACCCAGGAGUGUGUACCACUUGUUGCAUGAAGUGGUGGGUCCUGGGCAUUACAUGGCUUCUGUCAAGGUGGUGGACUCAAGACAAUGUUGGGGAUCUGUUGGCAAUCAUACAUUUACUGGUGAGAUUACCGCAAAGCCACCCAGGAGUGUGUACCACUUGUUGCAUGAAGUGGUGGGUCCUGGGCAUUACAUGGCUUCUGUCAAGGUGGUGGACUCAAGACAAUGUUGGGGAUCUGUUGGCAAUCAUACAUUUACUGUUUCAGAAAACAACGAAUUAGCUGUAACUGGAUUCACGAAAAAUGAGGUAGUGUGGAUGACAAUGUUGCCAAGUGUGACUGUGGCUCUAGCCUUGUGUGUAGCUCUGGUGAAGAUGUGGCAACGCUGUUUUCUCUGGCUCAAUCGCCGUCUUCAUCCGCAGCCGCCUCACUGGACUGGGAUAUACAAGCCUAUCAGUUUGGAUAGUGGACGAUCUGCAAGAGUUACAUUUCCGCAUCUUCAUCAGAGAAACAUUCUUUAUGUAGAAAAGGAAAUAGAGGAAGCUCGGCAGAAGGGAGAGGCCGAUGGAUAUGAAGUGAGUUACAAUCGACUGGCCUUAGGCCGGCAGAUCGGCAAAGGAGCCUUCGGCCGAGUGUUCCUGGCCAGAGCUGAGGCCAUCGCUGGGGUCGCAGGAAGCUCCAUUGUUGCCGUCAAGAAACUUAAACAUAAAGCCACAGUGGAUGAGGUAGAAGAGUUUCUUCAAGAAAUAUCUAUGAUGAAAAAAGUAGGGCACCAUCCCAAUAUUGUGACGAUGGUUGGUUGCUGUACCUUGACUCAUCCAUAUUGUAUGAUCAUGGAGUAUGUACCUUGUGGUGACCUGCUUGCCUACCUUAGACAGCUGAGAUCUCAACAUGAUAGAUAUCGUCAGCUACAACAGUUCAGUGUAGCAGCUGGGAGUUCUGUAUCUUCAGAUUGUUCCUACAUUACACCUCUUCCUCCACCCAGCUGUGCGUCCAGUGUUCAGCCUUCCACACGUUGUAGUGCUAUGAGCAGUAUCGCUGUGGACGGGAUUACACUAGAGGUAGUGCUUGAUCCCAGGGAACUGCACAGCUUCGCUUCUCAGAUAGCCAGAGGAAUGUCAUACUUGGAAGCUAAACAAAUCACUCAUAGAGACCUGGCUGCCAGGAACAUUCUGAUAGACGAGAGGAAAACUCUCAAGAUCUCCGACUUCGGCUUGUCCAGGUCGGGCAUCUACGUCAACACCAAAAGACGCAAAGUACCUCUGCGCUGGUUGUCUGUUGAAGCAAUGAGGGACAGUCUCUACUCCAGCAAGAGUGAUGUUUGGGCGUUUGGUGUUGUCCUCUGGGAGAUUGGCACACUGGGAGGUUUUCCAUACCCUACCGUGUCAGACCACGAGCUUUUAGCGUUUCUUCUUUCUGGGAAAAGACUUGAGAAACCGGACAACAUCUCCGACGAAUUACAACUUAACAUGAGCAUACUCGGCAUUCCCGUGAAGAAGUUGGACCUCUUCAACAAGUGGCUCAUACUUGGACGUACGAUUGAAUCUCUUCAAGUAGACAGGGCCGGAAUUGAGAAGCCAUGA